CAACACAAAUCACUUAUUUGUUCCAGUUUAUUCAAAAGAAAGAUUUGGAAAAUUAUUUAUACUAAAUUAAAAGUCAUUUGUAUCACAAAUAAGUAAUAACUCUAAUGAGUAUUGACAUUCUCCCGACCACUUUAUACAAACAUGUGGGCACCCAACGACCUAAGUGAAAUCAUUACAGUUUUUUGCAACAUCUGGACUUACUUUGGCUUACCAGUAUACGAACUUGAAACCACAAAUAAAAGCAAGAAACAGUUUCGGAAUAAAACAUCGUUUUAUUUCCUUAUUGUUUUAUCAGUGCUUUUGAUUGUUGCAGUUCUUUAUUUGGUGUUUUUCACAGCAAGGAACAGCCUGUACAGUUACACUCUUCUUUUUCAAUAUUUUAUUCUCUACGGACAAACUAUCGGUACCAUAAUCUACGCACAAUUUAAGAAAAAAGAUUUGGGGAAAAUUUUCAAUGAUUUACUUUUGAUGGAGGAAAAAAUACACCGGUUUGGAAGGAAAAGUCCCGAUUAUCACACUUUGGGGAAACAGCUAAUGGGUUUCGUUCUCUUCCAUAGUUUUUUUACUUUGUUAGGGCUGGCGUUUGAUAUCUACCUAAGUCUGCAAAGUGGCGUCCUUCAGUUUUACAUAAGUGUGUACUACUUUGCCCUAUUCGUUGGUUACCACUUUGGGUUCUUCCUACUAGCUAUGCCAAAAAUAAUAGUUAAGUUAUACAACGAUUUUAUUAACUCGAUCAAAGACCAAAGAACGGAAAUUGUUGUCAAAAUGUAUGCAGACUUGUACGAUUUGGUGGCCAGAACAGUUAGCACUUUGCAAGGCUUUAUGCUGUUGAAAAUAUCAUCGACUUUCACAGUCGUCACGAUGGAUUUUUUUUAUUCAACGCACAGUUUAAGCAUCCAGCAAAUACCCUUCGACAUUGCUGUCGUCCUGGCAGUUAGUAAUUUUUUACUGCCACUGACAAUUCUAUCACUUGAGUUUGCAAUGUUGUAUUAUUUCCACACUAUUUUAGAGAAGAAAAAAAUUCUUGCUGACUUUAUCGACCACAACGAAACUGGUCUGUAUAAGAAGAUGGAUUUAGUUUGCUUGAAGUUAAAUUUAGAACCGGCGUCUUUCAUGGUCUGUGGCCUGUUUCCCCUGAACUGUUCACUAGUGUUCUCGAUGGUUGCAGGAAUCACGACUUACGUCAUCUACUUGAUCCAGUUCAGUCCAAAAUCUGAGGAUCUACACUUUUAGGUUUCGACCAUUCUCUCGUGUAAUUUCAUUAAUUUUAAUCGUUAUGUUCAUCGACCAAUAAAUAUUGACACACUUUACAAUACAAACAUGUGGGCACCAAACGAGCUAAGUGAAAUCAUCGUUGUUUUUUGCAAAAUUUGGACUUUCUUUGAUUUACCAGUGUACAAACUUGAAACCACAAACGCCAAGAAACGGUUUAAAAACAAGCCAGCGUUUUAUUAUUUUACAGUUUUGUCAAUGCUUUUGCUGGGGGUGGUGUUUUAUUUGAUAUUUUUCCCCCAGGAAAAUUCCCUAAACUAUUACAGCCUGCUUUUGCAAUAUUUUAUAAUCUACGGCCAAAGCAUUGGCACUGUGAUUUAUUCGCAAAUGAAGAGAAAAGACUUUGAAGACAUUUUCAACGAUUUGCUCUUGAUGGAAGAAAAAAUACACGAGUUUGGCCAAACAAACACGAAUUAUCACACCUUGGGCAAACAAAUCGUGGCUUGUGUCGUGCUCCAAAGCGUUUUAGUUUUAUUGGCUACGGCGUUUGAUGUUUAUUUAAAUAUGGACAGUGGCCCAUAUCGAAUGUACAUCAGUGGGUACUAUCUUGGAGUUCUCACUAGUUACCACUUUGGUUUUUUCUUGUUAGUUAUGCCAGUUAUUAUAGUUAAAUUGUUCAACGAUUUCAUUAGUUCGAUUAAAGAACAGACAACCGAAUAUAUCGUCGAAAUAUAUUUAGAUUUGUUCAACUUGGCGAAACGAAUUUUUCAAACGUUACAAGGGUUUAUAUUGCUAAAAAUAACAACAACUUUCACCACCACCACGAUGGAUUUAUUUUAUUGCACCUACAGUUUAGAAAUUUUUGAAAUACCAUUUGUUGUCGGAGUCAUAAUGGUAACAGGUAAUGUGUUAUUGACAAUGACAACACUGUUACUUGACUUUGCGAUGUUUUUUUAUUAUCAUUUAAUUCUAGAGAAG